CAACCAUCCAUAAAUUCGUUUUAGCCCAAUAUGUACUGUACAUGAGGUAACUAUUUUGCUUACAGAAGGCACUGUUAUAAAUGAUACAUUAUGGAAACGGAUAUCGAGCCAGACAAGCCUUACUUCUUUGGCGAUAUAGGCUGCUGGGCGGAGAGGACCCCGCUGCACGAGGCCGCCUCCCUGGGCCAGGCCCUCAGGCUGCAGCAGCUCAUCUGCAGCGGAGCGUCCGUCAACAUCGUGGCUGUGGACUCCAUCACCCCCUUACAUGAGGCCUGCAUACAAGGACAGACCCAGUGCGUCAGGCUGCUGCUGGAGGCUGGGGCACAGGUGGACGCGCGGAACGUGGACGGGAGCACGCCGCUGUGUGAGGCCUGUUCGGCGGGGAGCCUGGAGUGCGUGCGGCUGCUCCUGGAGCACGGCGCCACGGUCAACCCUGCCCUCACCUCCCGCACCACCUCCCCCCUCCACGAGGCCUGCAUGGGGGGGAACUCGGACUGCGCGCAGCUCAUCGUGGCCGAAGGAGCCCAGCUGGAGGCGUACGACCUGUACUACGGCACGCCGCUGCACGUGGCCUGCGCCAACGCCCGCGUCGCCUGCGCCAAGGUGCUGCUGAACGCAGGUGCGAAGGUGAACGCCGCCAGGCUGCACGAGACCGCGCUGCACCACGCCGCGAAGGCCAAGAGCCCGGACCUGAUCGAGAUGCUGGUGCAGUUCGGGGGCAACGUGUACGCCCGGGACAAACACGACAAAAAGCCCAUCCACUACACCAAGCUGGGCUCGCCCCCGGCCCUCUGCCUGGAGUUCUACGAGCGAACUCCCAUGAGCCUUCAGCAGCUCUGCAGGGUGUCCCUGAGGACGGCGCUGGGCACGAGGGCGCUGGACGUGGUCUCUAAACUGGACCUGCCGAAGCCCAUCGUCAGCUACCUCCGUUACUGCUGACCUCAGAGCUACCCACUGCCAACCGCGGCGCGGUUCCAAACCAGCCCCUCCUCCCCCGAGCAUCAGCACAAACAGGCUGGGGUGGGGGGGACCCACACGCGAUACUCCCUCUCAAUCAGUGUUAUCUUUGCUUCAUGACGCACACAGAAAACAGCGAGAGUCACCAGAAACAUCCUCAUUCUCAUUUUUUGGUGAAUCGCCUUCUCAUGCAUAUGUGUGUAUAUAUCCAUUCAGGGUAGCUGAACAUCCAGACAGAAUGACUUGAAACAGCUGUGAGGCUAAAAUAGCUGUGCUGUAGAUGAAACGGAGAGGAGGACUUCAGUUGAGGGGACCUAUCCCAUAAGGCAGAAUUUGCCAAGUCUCAUUUUUAAGAAUGCUCGCAAAACAAGUUGGACAGGGAAAAAACAGUAAGGCACCAGCAAAUCAGUUUCCAUGACAACAAGGGACUGGCACUUCCAAGUUCCAUUUCCAGACGGCUAGGAAUUGUGGCUCAUCUUCCAUAUUCUGCUGCUCGCCCGAUAUUCAUACAGGCUUUGAUGACAUGCAACAGGAAUGGAAAAGGGGUUGUUAAACAAAGUCUUAAAUAUCACGUAGGAAUAAAUAGACAAUUUUCCGUUGCUUUUAAGUUCGCUUGUAAAUUCUCUGCGGUUUUGUAGCGCCCACUGAAGCCUCCAUAAUGUGAAAUCCACCUGUGGUCAGAUAACUGAUCUGCACAGACAAUUCAUUUGUCAGACAGAUUUGGGAAACUGCCAACUAUUUUUUAAUCUUAAUUAGACAGGUCUUUUUUCAUAGGUGGAACUAAGGCACAAUGGCUUCUCAUGAGAUGGAUUUACAGGCGUGCUUUCUUAUUACAUGUCAAUUGUUCCUACUUCAUUGCUGUGUUUAAAACGUUUAAAUUAAAAUUAAUUAUAUUUAUUUAUAUAAUUUAUUUGACAAAAUAUUUGUCACAAUGUGCUCGGACCUCACAGUGGACUGAAAUCUUGUCAUUAAUAUUUCAAAUUUGACUUUUGAAUGUCUUGAGUUAAUGCAACUUCACAAUAGUGUGUAAUUAGCUGGAUCUUGAAGAUCAAAAUGUGAUUGACAUCUGACAUUAAAAUGAACCUGAAACAA